AUGUUGAACAGUACUAACAUGGCUGCAAUUCGGGACAAUCUUUGCGAACUUGGAAGAUUGGAAAUCCCGCGGCCAAAAUGCACUGGAAUGCAAUUCAUUGCCACAAGAGGGCGCCAAGGAUUCUACAGGACUAUCCGCGAAAAUGGCGCGAAAUAUGGACUUCAAAUUAAACCACAAGGUCCAAAAAGACCACAAUUGAGCUCAGAGCUUUUCAGCAGACCAAUGACCUUACACGAAGAAAAUGCAGAGGACGUACUCAAUGAGGAUAAUCAUAACAAUGUUCAGAAAAGCCCGAAGGAAAGAAACAAUAAUGUCAACGUCAACAAUAGCAUUGAGUAUGAGAAAAAAAAAUCAAACUUUGUCCAAAUGGCGCCGAAGAUGAUUCCAAUGGAAAAGCCGCCUGCGUAUCCAACGAACCACGCCACGCGACAAAUUACUAUUCAAAAGUAA